CCCUCUACGCCCUUCUUCUUCCCGCGAACGGCGCAGGUGAAGUUCAUUCCCUCCCGGAGCCCGGACGCUUGCAGUCCGUCCACCAUGGCACAGAAUAUACGGGAACUUCUGAAGGUCAUGAUGAAAUCUCCCGGCUUUGAUAGAGUUUUGGAAAAGGUGACUGUUGUCUCUGCUGCUCCUGAAAAACUAGUUUGUGAAAUGAAAGUAGAAGAACAGCACACUAAUAAGCUUGGUACUCUCCACGGUGGUCUGACAGCAACCUUAAUAGAUUCCAUAUCAACCAUGGCUCUGAUGUGCACGGAAAGAGGAGCACCAGGAGUCAGUGUUGACAUGAACAUAACGUACAUGUCACCUGCUAAAAUAGGAGAAGAAGUAGUGAUUACAGCACAUAUUCUGAAGCAAGGAAGAACACUUGCAUUUGCCUCUGUAGAUUUGACUAACAAGGCCACAGGAAAACUAAUAGCACAAGGCCGACAUACAAAACACCUGGGAAACUGAGAAAAACAGCAGAAUGACUUAAAGUGAACAUUAAGUACAAAUUUUGAACAAGUUUAAAAAUAAAAGAACAAAAAUAUUUUCUUGGGCUGGGAA